AGCGAAAUAUGUUUCGUAAGAGUCAAUGCAUACUUUUAUUUUUGACCUACAUACAAUCUAUUCAACUAUUUUUUUAAUUCCAACGAAAGUAGACGAAGCCUACGAUCUUCAGAUGGUAAAUUACUGAAAAAACAGCCAAACCACUGCUUAAAAAUGUAAUAAAGCAUAAUUCAUAUCCAAAGGAGGGUCAUGAUUUUAGUAUCUAUGUAAUGUGUAGAGUGAUUGCCUUCUGCUGUUUUUUUCUGAGUAGUGGUGUAUUUUUGUAAAUAAUGUAAUUUCGUAAUGUAAUAUUUGUAUGUAUUUUUGUAAAUAAUGUUAUAAUCGUUGAUCUUUGAUUGGUAGUUGGUGAAAAACGAUGUCAUUAACUUGCUGAAUAUGUAAAUAAAAUCUUUUUUUUUAAAGCCCUUAAAUGAAUCAAUCGCUGAAAACCACAUUCAGAAUCGAAUUGUUUUAGUUCAAUUUUAAGCAUUACUCUGUACUAUUUACUUUAAUACAUAAAAUACAAUUUACGUAUUUCAACGAAUCCCUUAUUAUGCAUGUUGUAAACUUUGACCCAUUACGCUAAAUAAACUUACGAAUAAACACAGAAGCAUGUUAUUAAUCUAAACGUUCUCAAAAGCCUUGAACAUUCAGCAUUCGUUGUUGCACAUAAUCACGUGAUUUCAUAAUAACUUACAAUUUUUGCAUUAAUUAUUCAAAACGUUUACACAAUAUCAAAACGAUUAUAUUUCACAAACGAAUGUCGCAUUUCUGCACUUUUUAGCUUCAGAAUAACAAGUAAUAUACGGAAUGUAAAAAAAUAUGUCUAAAACGACAUGCAAAGCCUUAGUUAAGGACUAUUGUGCAAAUUGCACUUUUGCUGGUGUACAUUUCAUUGCAGAUGACACGAAACACUGGACAGAAAGAAUCUUGUGGUUCGUCUUUGUGGCUCUGUCGUGGUACGGCUCUGCGCUAUUGAUAGUAUCAGCAUGGGAGUCCUUUGUUCAGAGCCCUAUAAGUUUCGGUGUUGAAACUACAUACACUGAUUGGGAUACAAAAUUACCAGCUGUAGCUAUUUGUGAAUCAGCCAACGAUGAUAAAAUAUAUAAUGUAUCUGACACCAUAUGGACGCCAUCCCAUUUAUUAGACCUAGAGGAUACUCUGAAGGAAAUUGCAUAUUUUCGUGGAGUGAGCUACAGUCUUGUUGAAGUCUGUCAUUUAACUAAAAAUCCCGAUCCAAAUUGUCCCGUAUCUAAUUACACGAACUACGUAAGGCUGGUACGAAGCGAUUGCCCGAAAAUCAUAACAAAUUGUUCAUAUAAUAGCAAGCCUUUUGAUUGCUGCAACUUCUUUCAACCUAUUGAUACUGACAUAGGAACAUGUUUUAUUAUAAAUUCUAUUCAAACAAAGAAACCAAAACCAUAUCCUAUGAUCAGUAAUAUGCAAGAAAAAUAUGGAAAACUCAGCUUCGUGAUAACGAUACCCUCUAUGAUGUAUACUUUAGGCGAAGAUGAAGUUCCGACUGUGACCACUUUGCAGUCGUCCACUUUGAAGAUCCAACUCGGAGCUAACUAUAGCCGACAAUUAACAAUACGAAACAUUGAAAACGAUCCUCUGAUUGUGGACACAACACCGGAACAGAGAGCCUGUCGCUUCCACCACGAGAACAAGGACGGAUUGUACCCUAAAUAUUCUUAUAGCGCCUGCACGGUUUUGUGUCGUAAGAAAGGCCAGCUAGACACAUGUGGAUGCAACGACCAUUUUAUGUUGGGCACUAAAGAGUCAGAACGUUGCAAUUUGUCAGGCAUCGCGUGUCUCCACUCGUUCGCAAGUCAGCUAACGACCCUGAAGCCGCACUGGGCGAAUCGACCAGGACUCGCGUGCAGCUGCGUAGCUUCAUGUGACGAGACAGAAAUUACUGUUAUUAAGGAUGUCGUUGUUUCCAAUAAAGGUAAGACGAAUAGAAAGAGGGCUUUCGUCGAAUUAGUACUAGCAUAUUUACCAACGGAACGUUUCAAACGCAAUGUUGUUAGGAGCCGUCUAGAUUUAGUUGUUUCUAUCGGUGGGACUACAGGACUAUUCUUGGGUGCAAGUAUACUCAGUUUCGUGGAACUUAUUUUUUAUUUUAGUGUUCGUUUUGCGAAUAACAUUCUGAUGAAAAUAGAUCAAAGAAAGAACAAUACCAUCACAAGUAAAUACGACACUAUAAAUAAUCAUCAAGAAAUAUCUACAAAUGCAUCGAUUUACUCACAACACUUAUUUUAAGUCUAAAACAUAUAGCGUAAUUUAUUUUUCACAGUAAAGUACUUUAAUGCGCUUACGAAUAAUAAAAGUCUUUCCCCAAAUAAAGUGAAAGAAAUAUGUUUCAUUUCGCCUUUUCAAAUUAUAUACAAUUUCCUUAAAGCGUAUGUAACAAGUGUGCUCUGUAAUCUUGUACUGAUCUUGUGAUGUUUAUGACAUAACCAUUUGAGCCAGCAAAGAUGAAUCACUCUUACGAAAUGUCCACACUUGACGGACGAGUGCGAGACUUUGAACUUUCUCGAAUUAGGUAUGUCGGCUACAGGAAACAUUAAUUAGAAUUGAUGACGACUGGAACGCAGUAUAAAAUAUUAGGGAUUUAGGUAGGACGAACUCACAGCCCUACUGAUCUUAAGUGAAUGCCACAUCACGAUAGCAAAGCCGAAGUUUAUCUUCGGGGAUCUUAGGCUCUAUCAGAUCAUAUGACAUGUCCUUCUUCAAACGAGGCUUGUGGAGAGUAUUAAGCGGUAGGCAGCGGCUUGGCUCUGCCCCUGGCACUGCUGAAGUCCAUGGGCGACGGUAACCACUCACCAUCAGGUGGGCCGUAUGCUCGUCUGCCGAAAAAAAAAAAGAUCCGGCGUGUCACUAUUCUGUCAGAAAGACUAUUCGAUUCUUUGUUAAGUUCGGCUCACAGUUUAAAAAUUCCAAAAUUCAAAGAGAAGGGAAUAUAUAUAUUUUUUAUUUCAUACACGCUUUGUCCCCUAAACAGGACUACUUCCGUGGUUUACCUGAUUAUGAUACAUUCGUAGUCAUAUAAUGCGAGAACGAGUGAUUUCCAUACAAUAAAAUUUACAGUAAUGAUGAUUAAUUUGAUGAAAUAAAAUACAUUAGGUAUGUUCUUUGGUUUAUUGACAUCACUACCUACUUAUAACAAGUAAAAACGUGUUUUAUUUGUACAUUUUAAGUAAAGAAUCACAAUUGAAUAUUUGUUAAUUGCACUACUAGUUUUGUAUAUAUUUAGUUGAACAAUGCUCUUAAAAUUUGGAUUACAACUAUCAUUUCUGUAACAAAGGAAGGUUAAUGAUUGUGAGAAAGGCAUAAUAAAUUUUACAGAUCUUUGAUUCUUGGUUAGACUGUGCUUCCAAAGCACACAGAUGUAUAAAAUAAAUGUAGUAUGUUCGUAGGCAAUGUUUAUUAUAUUGAUAAUCAUGACACUAUUAAGUAUUUCUUAGAACAAAAAACAUAACUUCUACAUUCCCUUAAUAAUGAAAUAGAUUUGAUAUUUUAAUUACAAUUUUAAUGAUUUUUAAAAUAUGGUAUGAUUUUCUUUUUAUUCGUGAAAUGAUGAAUGUGUUAGUUAAUGCUACGUAAUUUAUUAUAUGUCUACUAAAUUCGAAUAAAUAGGAAUCUUAAGUUUAUCAUAAUGUCAGUUACUAAGAGGUUAUAUUAAUUUGUAAAGAUAGGUAGGUGAGCUGUCAGCUCAUUUAGCGCUAAGUAAAAAGCUGAGCACUGAAAGCGCUUAUGAGAUAAGAUCGAUUUCUACAUUUACAUUUAACAUAUAGUUGACUCGCGACUAUCCGCCAAACAUAAGGCAAGGCGACAAAUAAUCGAAUUUAUCAAGUACUGCUAUAGAGCCCCAGUAGAAAUUUUUGAAAAGAAUACGUUUUAAUCUGACAAAUUAGAUACGGCUACAUCUAUAGGUACAGUCUGUUCAAAUCAAGAAGAUUUACUGAAAUCCUUUUGGAUGCUAGAAGCUUGUUGGAUUACAGGGCUGGCCAGAUUAAACAGAGAUCGAUUACCGGGAGUCCACUAUACUUACAGUGAAUUUGUCUACGGCAUUUUUUUUCUAAUUUUUUAGUGGUUGAUAAUGAUAUUUAAAAAAAAUGUUUGGCAAAUAAUAUGAGAGAUGAGAGAGAGAGAGAGCACCAAAUUUAAUUAAGACACAAGGACAUGAAUCCUUGACAGUAGUACAAAAAUAAUAUUUAAUGAUACGAUUAAUAAAUAAAAUAAAUACAGAUAUGUACGAUACUAAGUAUACAUACGUGAUGUGAUUAUUAUACUAAGUACAAGAGGACUUAAAUUCUUAAACUUGGUUGAUUUUGCCUAACAUUUUUAAUCUCUCGGGUUGUAAUUAACAUGUUGGUUAGCGUUUUGAAUUCAUAUUAAUUUUGUGACGGGUAUAUUUAGGCUCUCCUCAUCAAGUGCCAGCGACUGCAGUGUCCAUGGGGAUGGAAUCUGCGGUACCGCAUACAAUGCCAUUGAGGUAUCUGUUGCAUACGACGUAGAGCUUCCAUCUGCAAUUUAAGUAUAUUGCUUAUGAGAACCUUAUUAAGUAAAACAUUCCAUUUUUUUUAUUGCUUAGAUCAAUGGAUGGACGAGCUCACAGCCCACCAGGAGUUAACUGGUUACUGGAACCCAUAGACAUCUACUACGUAAAUGCGCCACCCACCUUGAGAUAUAAGUUCUAAGGUUUCAGUAUAGUUACAACGGCUGCCCCGCCCUUCAAACCGAAAUACAUUACUGCUUCACGGUAGAAAUAGGCAGGAUGAUGGUACCUACCCGUGCGGACUCACAAGAGGUCUUACCACCAGUAAUAAACUACCAGUAAUGUACUCGCUUCAAUCAACAAUGCGCGUUUGUUUAUUUAGAUAUUGUUGAUUUAGUGAUUAGUUGGUUACCCUAAUGAUUAUAAAACAGAUGUACUUUGUUCCUGUUUUGAUUUCCGGUCUUUGCUAAACAUAUUGGCACUCGGAUUUGGAUCUAUCUGUUGUUGCCUCGUCUGUCAAAACUUCUUUAACACCGUUGUAAUUUGAAAUUUGAUCAUCAAGAGACAAAGCAAAAAAAAUUAAUUAUAUAGCAUUUAGCCUCGAAGAGAAUGAGAUUUUUUGUAAAUACCUAGCAUUAAUCAUGUUUUAGAGUUGCCUUUAGAUUUGAAUUUAAUUUGUUUCGUUAGUUCGUUUAUAGUUUUUUUUCUCCAUACAUUUAAAAGUACUUUUACAGUUUAAUAUCGACGAAUACAUUUUCCGUAGUCUUUUAAGUAUUCAACUUAAACAUUUUCAUAGACACGCACGACCCUAGUCGUAAACUAUUUUUGAAAGUAGUUUCCAUUAUACUUACAACUCGAGAAAGCCGAUAAAAAUAUUGCAUGUUAUUAAAUAUUGCAUGUUUAUUUAACCUUUAGUUGAACAAAUGUUGAUGAAGGUUUCCCUUGUUAUAAUUUUAAAAUAAAGGCUAAAUUACAAUUUUAGUAUUACGACAGCACAUUAUCAUUUGAGUUUCAAUGACUUCACUAGACGCUUUUAAUUGGUUACUGUGAAAAAAUUGAGAGUGAAAUGAUAAUGACAAUCUUUGUUCCUUAUCUCAGUUUUACAAAUCAUCGGGGCCUAAAAAAUAACAAUCCCGGUGUAUUCGUGUCGAGCGAUGCUACUAUGCCGGUAUUCAAAUCCCGCAGGUAGGUACCAACUUUUCUGAUGAAAUCCGUACUAGACUCCUGUUCACGAAUGUCUUCCACGAUGAAGGAAUAACGCGAUGUAAUAUAAAUCAAACCCGUCUAACUAUAGUUUUUGUAAUUGCUCUACACGGCGACAUUUACUAACUGAUAUAUAUGAGCUCAAGUAAUCACUCAAUAUAAGAUGAAAAAAAGGGUAAAGAACUCUUUCAGCCACAUGUCUAACGUCUAAAAAUAUAUAUACUGGUAACCUUAUUUCACCAGUCUCAAAAGCCGAUAUAUUUUUAUCUUAAUAUUGUUAAUAUAAUUUGUAUCAUAAUUAUUAACUAUGCAUUUAAUUUAAUUUUUUCCGUAUCUCAUAAUUUGAAGAAAAAAUCUACCAUGUCAGUUUUCUCUUCAUUAUGAAAUACAUGUGAAAUACUAAUGAGGUUAUAGAUAAGUAUGCAAGUUUUCAUAUAUGAGUGAAAUAUACUGACUUAUGACAAAAUUCAUAUAGAUAAGAAGCUACAAUAAAAUAUAAAUGAUUAAAAAUAGCGCAGAAAUAGUAGGAUUUAAUUAGUUUAAUGUUAAAAACAUGUGAUGAUAUAAAUGUGCAUGAAUGCAUUAGAACACCGUAAUAACGUAUAAAGUUUCAAUAAAAAGUUGCAUUUACAAUAUUUUUUUGACACAUUUCCAUCUUAAUAUUAAUUAUAAAAAAGGAACUAAUAUGCAACUAAUUUACAGGCGCGCGUCCAGAGCAGUAAUGAAGCAAAUUUAUACGUACGUGGCUUUGACUUAACUUGGCAUAACUUUAAUUGAUAGCAAAUAAAUGUGAUGCUAUCUUCGAAUUGCGUUCAAAAUAAAUAAUAAGCUGUGUUAAUUUA